AUGUCUUUAGAGGGCGCAGAGACAAGCCGGGAUAUAAGGGAGAGUCAGAGGGCGUUGGAGUUGAGAAAAUUCUUCGAUCCCCAGCACUCCAAUAAUGCAGCAUUGGACACCAUUUUUAGUGACAGUUUGAAUAAUGAUGGAGCUUUGGAUGCGUAUGCUGAAUCAAUUGUAUGGCGUUUACGUGGCGUUCAUGCCAUGGUGAGGUAUUCCCAAGGAACGCAAUAUUUCCUAGCUGGGGCCGUACGAACUGGCAAGGUUGAUACCGAUGAGGACGUAAUUACCACGGGCGAGUGGUUUGGAUGCCAGACUGUGCCUACUCCUGGGGGCCUCUGUGAGAACACUCUGGCACUUGAUCUCAAAAUAGAAGAGUAUUUAUGUUUCAUCAUAAAUGACCUCAGCAAAGACGUCAGGUUCGCAGACCUCCCCGUCGUGGACGGCCAAAUCGCAUCUUACAGGUUCUAUGCGGGAGUGCCCAUCACCACCAGCCAUGGUGUGAAUAUCGGAUCUUUAUUCUUCUUUGAUGACAAAGCCCGCGAUGGCUUACCCCAGAACCAAAGGCGAUUCAUGCAUCUUCAGGCCAGAAACAUCAUGAAGCACCUGGAAACGAAGCGAGAAGCAGCCGAGCGACGUCGGGCAGCUCUAAUGAGCAAGGGCAUUGCAAGAUUUCUCGAGAGGACCUCCCGGGAUAGUUACCUGGGCAGUGAUGGGGGCCACCUACGUGAGGAUGAAGAGCCAUGUGAUAGCUUUGAUGCCGGAGAGGACAGGCAAGUUCAGGAGGAGAUCCAGAAUGGGAUGGGACUCGGCCAUGGCAAGCCUUCAACAGAUAAAGAGUCCGUGCUAGACAAAAUCAAGACCGCGCUCGAUCACGCUGCCGUUAUCCUUCGAGAGAGUCUGGAGCUUACUGCGGGGGGUGUCGUCUUUCUUGCCCCCGCCAUUGGGUACAUUGAGAAUGACAAUAUCAACGUUUACGGAGGCCCAGCUACAGAUCUAGGAGCACAAAUGGAACGAACGCAUAGGGAUAAAAAGGGUCGUCAAGGGUCGAAUGAAAACCAGCUACGGCCAAAUUUAUCUCCGGGCACACAAUCGGGCGGCCGUCAUCUGUCCGUUGGGGCAAUACGAAGCUCAACAGAUAAGCACAAAGCUUCAAAGAUUCUUGCGAUGAGUUCUGGAAAGAGUUCUAGAUCAGACUCCAACUCUGCAACUCUCGAUUCCAAAACUCUGCAAUCGCUGAUCAAAUCUUAUCCACAAGGAAAUGUCUGGUAUAUGGAUGACGAGGGUUACUUUUCUUCCUUGGAGCAGAUCAGCGAGUGGGAUCAAAGAAACGGCAUCAGUCCCUCUGGGAGAAUACGAUCGAAUUUCCCGAUCAAUGUGACGAAGAGGCAAGCGGAGGCUGCAAUAUUAUCUCGCAUCUUUCCAGGUGCCAAACAGAUAAUUUUCUUGCCUCUAUGGGAUGCGGGCGGAGACCGGUACUAUGCUGGCUGUUUUGUUUGGAGCGAAUUAGCAGCACCCGUUUUCACCGUGGACUCCGAGCUUGCCUACCUUUCCGCGUUUACAAACUUCUUGAUGGUCGAAAUAAGUCGCCUUGAUGCACUUACCUCGAACAAGAUGAAGUCUGAUUUCAUUAGCAGCAUCUCUCAUGAAUUCAGAAGUCCUUUGCAUGGUAUCCUUGCUAGCGCUGAGUUUCUCCGCGAAUCCGAACUCAAUGCUUCUCAAAUGGAGUUCAUAUCUACGAUUCAAAAUUGCAGUGGGACUCUUUUGGAUACCAUCAACCAUGUGCUUGACUAUAGCAAGAUAAAUUCUUUCGAGCGUGCAGGUCAUCAUCAGGAUACCAUCUCCAAUGAACUUUAUCAAGAUACUAAUGUCGCCUUGCUCUGCGAAGAUAUCGUCAAUGGCAUGAUUGCAGCAAACGAAUUUCGUGGCACUGGCUCUCCUGACCUUUCCCUUCCAAUCUCCAGCGAAUCUCAAAAUGACCAGCGACCCCUGGGCCUUCACCAUGCCCCACUUGAAGUGACUGUAGACAUUGAAAAGCGGGACUGGGUUUUCAAAAUUCAAGCAGGCAGGGGCAUUACGGAGAGUUGUGAUGAACAUUUUUGGCACAACGCACAGAAGUACACGGAAUCCGGAUACAUCAUGUUACGACUGAGAGUUACGGAAUCUCGGGCAGAUGAAUGGGGGAAGACUUCCCACUGUCUCUCUUUGCAUAUCAGGGAUACGGGCAAGGGAAUGUCUUCGGAGUACAUGGAGCGGAAAUUGUACCAUCCAUUCGCUCAGGAGGAUACAUUUGCCACUGGCGUUGGACUAGGUCUUUCCAUUGUAUGGAGUAUCGUCAACCAAAUUGGCGGAAAGAUCUCGAUUCGAAGCGAACUUGGAAAAGGCACCGAUGUCGAAGUUACCAUACCAGUCGAGAAGUCGAAAAAUGUUCAGCAUAGUAAUGGAACAUUCAGCGACUCGACAAACGUCCCAUCCGACGCAGAGGAAUGCAUCAGCAAGCUGCGACAUCGAGCGGCUGGCAAAUCCAUAUGCUUUUCGCGGGGGAGGGAUACGAACACGUCAUACCAAAAGGAUAUUUCCUGGUCUUGCAUACAACUAUAUUGCACAGAAUGGUUCGGGUUUGAGAUCAAAGAAACGUCGGCGAAUCUGAUUAUCACUGAUCGAGAAGAUUCAACCAGGUAUAAAGAUGGACAACGGGUACUGAUCGUUCACGACGAUAUGGCCUGCUCUACUAAGCAAGAUAAUGUCCACACUCGACAUGCCAUCGGGAAAAUCUGCAGUCCAAUCGGCCCGUUCAAGCUUGCUCGAUCUCUUCUCGCCCUCCUCGAUCAAGACAUAGCCUUGCCACAAAAAAUACAGAGGUGUCUGAACCAAGCCCACGCCGGAACUCAAACACCUCUCGGAUCUCCCGAAGAACGAACCAUCAUGAACGGGAUCAUAUCAACAGAUUACUGUUUCACGCCUCCACCUCUCAAAACAGUAUCCACUUCGCCUACGACCGAACAGCCAAAACCUACCACCAUGGCGCUCACAGCCUGGCAUGUCCAACAACAGCCAGCAAGUAGCCAAAGUUUCGAAAGCAUCGCCACUCUCUCGCUCGCCCAAGUUCCCGCAUUACUCCCGUCCCCUACGUUUCCCGCUUUUCCUCAACCAGUAAUGACGCUCACGCUCCCGAACCCCAAAGUCCUCACACCAACCCCGGAUCCCGUUCCCAAACCAAGCUCCACAUCAAAAGCUCUGCACAUCCUAGCCGUGGACGACAACGCUCUCAACUUAAACCUUUUGCACCGAUAUCUGUUGAAAAGAGAAGGCGACAUAAUCGUGACAGCCAAGAAUGGCGUCGAAGCCGUGGAUGCCGUUAAGUCUCGCAAAAAAAGGUUCGAUGUAAUAUUCAUGGAUAUUUCGAUGCCGGAGAUGGAUGGAUUUGAAGCUACACGGUUUAUUCGGGCUUUUGAGAACACGCGAUCUUUACAGCUUGGUGAGGAUGAAAAAGUGUCCAUGGAGAAAGGAAAAGAGAAGAGAGCGUAUAUCGUUGCCCUGACGGGACUGGCUAGUCGCAGGGACAGGGAUCUCGCGGAGGAGUGUGGAUUUGAUGAUUUUCUGACAAAGCCGAUUAGCUUUAAGAGGAUUGGGGAGUUGUUGUGGGGAUUGAGUGAGAAGGGCUCGUAG